AAUACACAAAAAUUCAAUAGGUCAGGUGACGAGCCCUUGUGAUAGGUAGUCUUAUUUCAAAAUAAUCACAUAAAUCAACUAAAAACCACCCAAAAAUGGCUUUGCACGCCGCAGUAAAGGGAAAACUGAUCAGCGUCAUUGGAGAUGAGGACACUUGCGUUGGUUUCUUGUUGGGUGGUAUUGGUGAAAUCAACAAGAACAGACACCCCAAUUUCAUGGUCGUUGACAAAAACACACCAGUAAGUGAAAUAGAAGACUGUUUCAAGCGGUUUGUGAAGCGCGAUGACAUCGACAUCAUUCUGAUCAACCAAAAUGUGGCAGAAUUGAUCCGACAUGUGAUUGAUGCACAUACCUCACCAGUUCCGGCUGUUCUUGAGAUUCCAUCUAAAGAUCAUCCAUAUGACGCUAGCAAGGACUCUAUUCUACGUCGUGCUAAGGGCAUGUUCAACCCGGAGGACCUGGUACGCUAAAGCUAAAUUAUUGCACGCAAUCUUUGUACGGACUUGCAUUGUAAAUACACCAAAAAGUCUUAACUAACAUAUUACAAUAUGUGUUCCAUUUGACAAUAGUUAAUAUUUUUUAUUAGGAAUUUGUUUUAGAGUGAUUUAAAAAAUAUCUGUACUGUUUUUAAUUGUAUGACUGCUAUUUACUAUACUUCGUUUUAAUCCAUUUUUAACAAAAAGUAAUGACCGUAGACGGUUUAGUGAUGGCCAAUUGUAAUGCCAACUACAAAUCGAUUAAUUAAUUUAAUGAAUUGCAAUUGAGUCAUAAUUGUGGUUUUCCUUACCUAUAUAACCUAUAUAAGCAUAUUUAAAAUUUCCGAAAUCUUAAUUUUAAAUCCUCCUUCAAAUCCCUACACUUAGAUACUCGUUCGAUUAUGAUCAAAAU